AUGGCGAGCCAAUCAUGUGCUUUCUGCGCUCUCUCGCCGAGCCUCUCGCCUUCGCCGCUUCCCACGCCCUCGCAGGCCCUGGGAUCCACGACAAAGCCGCCUGCCCCAAAGUGGCAGCGCUGGGUUCUGGGCUUCGGCCUCGGUAUCCGAAACCUGCGGCCGUGUUCGCGAGGGUACCGGGCCAUCCGGGCCCGGAGCUCUGAACACCCGGAGGGCUCGGACUCGGCUCCCCCAGCGGCCGGGAUCCCGAAGGGCUCCGAGCAGAAGCGGGGGAAGGCGCCGCGCAACAGGUGGCUGAACCUGCUUGAGCGGCUCUUUCGGGAUCUCGGGGAGGUCAGCUCUAGACCACGCCGCGACGCGACUUAUUGGGGCCUGGUGCUUGGCUCGCUUUCUCUGGCCGUGGUCAGCGACUUCCUUGGCAUCAUGAGGCUGCUACUGAGCUUAAACCCAAGCGGCGCGCGGCAGAUGGCCCUGGACGAGGUGUACCCUGUGGAGGGCCUCAAGACGUACCGCCAGCGCGGCCGCUACCGUCUCCGAUAUCCCGGCGAGUGGCUUUUCGAUCAGAGCGUGGCCUUCUCGAAGCAGGCCGCCAUUGAGCUGCCGACCUUGAGGCAGAAGAAGCGCAUCGUCCCCGACGCGGCGUUUGGGCCGGCCGGUGGCGGCUUGGCGACGACCGCCACGGCGCAGAACCUUUCUGUGGUCGUUCAGCCAGUGAAAGCCCAACGACUUGAGGAUCUCAUGGGCGAGCCCGAGGAGGCUUUUCGCAAGUUCGCUGCAGAAACAUUUGCAGCUGAGGGCUCCGGCCGCACGGCGCAGCUGCUCGGCGCCGAGCGCUCGGCCCGCGGCAGCUACGAACUGGAAUACGUGGUCACCUACCCUGACCAGGAGGGCACGGUGGAUGUUCACUGCUGGUCGGUGGUCGCCCUUGCGUCAUCGACUCCCUUCAGCGCUCUCUACACCAUGACCUUGGUGUCGCCGGAACGUAUGCUCACGCAAGCAACUCGCGAUCUCUUCCGAGAGUCCUGGCAUAGCUUUGAGUUGGAAGCCGCGUGA